CGGGAGGAGCACUUCCGGACGCGUGAACUUCCGGUCUCCUCGAACCAAUGGGGGUGUGGCUGCGGCGGUUCCCGGAGCUGGUGUUCCCGGAGCUGCUGUCCCCGCCGCGGGACGUCUCCGGGAGCGCUCGGGCCCGUUCGCUGUGAGGGCGUGGCUGGAUCCACCUUCCUGGAGGCGGGUCGACUCUCACGCAUCUCGAGGAGGAGGCAGCUUUCUGCUGGGCAUCACUUUAAAAGACAAUGAAGGACGUGCUGCCAUUUUCCAUUUAGAUCAGCAACUUCAAAUUCUUACAAUGGAAACUUCAGAGAAGACAGAGGUGGUUCUGCUUGCUUGUGGUUCCUUUAAUCCUAUCACCAACAUGCACCUCAGGUUGUUUGAGCUGGCCAAGGACUACAUGCAUGGAACAGGAAAAUAUAGAGUGAUCAAAGGCAUAAUUUCCCCUGUUGGUGAUGCAUAUAAGAAGAAAGGACUGAUCCCUGCCCAUCACCGAGUUAUUAUGGCAGAGCUUGCUACCAAGAAUUCAAAAUGGGUGGAAGUUGAUACGUGGGAAAGUCUUCAGAAUGAGUGGAUAGAAACUGCUAAAGUGCUCAGACAUCAUCAAGAGAAACUGGAGGCUAGUAACUGUGACAACCAGCGGGAGUCACCUACUCUGGAAAAGCCUGGACGCAAGAGGAAGUGGACUGAACAAAGACAAGAUUUUAGUCAAAAUAAAUCCUUGCAGUCAAAAGCGAAAGGUGUGCCAGAAGUAAAGUUACUCUGUGGAGCAGAUUUAUUGGAGUCCUUUGGUGUUCCCAAUUUGUGGAAGACUGAGGAUAUCUCCCAAAUUGUGGGGGGCUGUGGGCUCGUGUGUAUUACUCGGGCUGGAAAUGAUGCUCAGAAAUUCAUUUAUGAAUCUGAUGUGCUGUGGAAACAUCGGAGCAACAUUCACCUGGUGAACGAAUGGAUCACCAACGACAUCUCUUCCACGAAAAUCAGGCGAGCCCUCAGAAGGGGCCAGAGCAUUCGCUACUUGGUACCAGACCUUGUCCAAGAAUACAUUGAAAAGCAUAGUUUGUAUAGCUCAGAGAGUGAAGACAGGAAUGCUGGGAUUGUCCUGGCUCCUUUGCAGAAAAACACUGCAGAAGCUAAGUCAUAGGGAAUUCUACAGCAUGAUAUUUUGGACCUCCCUUGUGGGAAUUUGAAACAAUCUGCAUGUUAGUAACUGGGGAAAGGAGUUGUGAUUCUGAUUCAUACACAAAAGCUUAAAAUUUUGGUAAAAAUCAGGAGUAAAUGAAAAUCAGCUUUUUUUUUUGUUUUUGGUUUUUUUUUUUAUCUGAAGUCACUAAGAUGAAUGCUUUCGGUAUGGUCCUUUUAUUUUUUAGAAUUUAUGAAUCCCUUUAUCUUCAAAACAAGAUUAGCAGCACUAAAAAUCAGAAGAUAGUUGCUCAAACUAACUACAAAUAAGAAAUAAAAAAGGACAUCCUAGCUUUCACACAUAAGAGAAGCCAAGUGUGCAAAGCAAGAGUUCAUUUAAAAUCCCAACUCUGUCAUGUGAGAACUGUCCUUCGUGCAUACCUGCUGCUGGGCAGUCUUCACCCAGAGUAAACAAAGAAAGGAAUUCCUAAAUUGGUGAUCUUGUGAAAUGCACACUGAUCCACCGUCUUCAGCUAUGCCAAAGAAAGUUUAUGAAUGUGCCUGGCACACAACCAAAUGGCCAGUUAAGCUUUGCCAAGACACACCUGCCUGGAGCAGUGGGAGGUGGGGUCCAGGGACUUGAAUGUUUGGAAAGGUGCACAAGUGGUUUGGAUCCCAUCAGAAGCAGAGAACCUCUGCCUUACACAGGUUAACAUGUUUUCUUAGUGCAGCCUUGUCAUCAGUCAUGUUCUGGUCUUGGCCAUCUGCAGUCUUUUUCUCUUCAGGAACAACGUCAGAGACAACAUCAGGCUCUUUAGAACAGCGAGAACCACAGAGAAUGAGGGGUCUCAUUCAGGAUGAUAUUAAGUAUGAAUGAUCUGAGUCUUUAUUGUUAGCUUAAUAAUAAAACAAACAAAUGAACAGGAUGCCCUAAGAACCUGAGAAGUGCCUCACUGGGUCAGCCAGCACUUCCUCCAGCCCAGAAUUUUGGGUACUGAUGAACGUCUUGUGGAAGCACUCUGUGACCUCAGUCUCAGACUCACUUGAGUUUCUCAAGAGCCCUGACUCUCAUCCACUGUGAAUCUGUCGUUUGUGGAUUUAAGCAGGAAAAGUGUCUGUUUUCUUACACUUUUGUUCUUUUGUAUCAAUUUUAUUCAAAGUAGAACUUUCAAAUUAUAAUUAAGUCAAAGCUUUAUGUUAAAAACAUAAGCUUCUUUUAUGGUUUGCUACUGAUUAAAAUUUUGUGGCGGUUUACUAAUUGGUAAAGCAAAGAGACCAGAAAUAGCUUUUUAUAAAAUAGCUCUGUGAUAGAAACAGGGCUAAAGUUAAAUUUCUAAUGAAAAUAGUAGAAUAAUUAAUUACCUUUUUGCAAUUUCUAGUUCAAAUAUACACCACUCCAGAUGAAGGGUUUCUGAUUCUGCAGGAGACAAAAAAAACAAAAAACAAACAAAAAACUUACAUGUGAGUGUCAGAUCUGAAUCUGUAGUUAAAAAAAAGGAAAAUGUUACUUAAAGUUGGCAAAAGUGUAUUCUACAGCUCCCAACUUAUUCUCACUAAAGCCACUAGGCCAACUUCCCAAACAUGGGAGGGGUGCAAAGCCUGGCACCCAGUAGGGUUCAGGAUUUAUCUGCUGAAUGAAAGAAAGUUUAGACUCUCAGCUCAUAAAGAUGACAGUCAUUUUUCCUCUCCUUAGCCUUUUGGAGUUUAAGAGCUGGAGCGGCACCGAUAACAGAUAAAGCUGUCAGAAUUUAACUUUGAUUCCUCCCCCCUAGAGAAAGCCAUCAAGUUCAUCUGAAGUGUGUGACCUGCAGAAAGGUUCUAAUGCUGGAAACUUCUCUCAGUCUAGGGCCUUCCUACGCUAAUAGUGCCCAGACCCCACUCAGCUGUGUGUGUUGACCUCAGGACUCACUGGGAAAGGCAUGUGAGGACCCUCCCAGGAGACCCGGCAAUGGUGAAAGAUCUUCUUGUACUGUUUAUGGAUCCAGAGCUUUGUACACAGAAUGAGCCGCUUCACUUUUUGUCUCGCUACCGAGCAUGCUGCCAGUGCCACAACAUAAUAGCGUAGUUUGGGUUGUCCUUGAGGACAAUGGAUAAUGGAAAUUAUAACAAUGAGCUUCACAAGGGAAUAAAAAUUAAUGACUGUUGUCACUUCCUCUGAGGCAGAAUAUGCCAUUGUUUAUUCCCUACCACAUCCUUUUUAUAGUUUGCUUUUAUAAUGUUAAUUUAUUUAGAAUCUGGGAAAUGUGUGACGCUGGUGUUGUACUCUUCCACCCCUCAUGUUGUUUGAAUGCAGUAAACUAACCUGCAGUAAAAGUCCUUUCUUUACUGGCAGAUUCAUUCAGACACCCCUAGCAUGAGAGCUUUUUGUCAUCAUUGUUGUUUACCUGUUUAGUGGACAAGUGUGAGCCUUUUAAAUAAAAGGAGUGAGUUCUCCUUGGUGACCAAGGUGUAGAGAUUGAGCCAAAUGAGUAAUUUAAGUUUAUUUCCUUGCAUCAUAGGAUGCUCUUUCUUUUUCUGCCCUCCUGAAGACCUAACCACAGAGUGGAAGGAAGCAUCUUCCUUCUCAGCCUCUCUGAUUCACUCCUCUGGGAGCUCAGAAAUUGCUAUGUCAUGAAAUGCUCUCCAUCUCUGAAAUCUGUAGUUUAGUUUACUAGUGGUACUACUUGAACUUAGUAAUGCCUGUCACUUUCUGAGCACUCACUGUGUGCUGGCGUGUGCUAACUAGUGCCUUAUGUGAUAAGAAGAGUGAGCACGGAUAGGUGACAGGUGUCAAUGACAGAGCUGAGAGCUGGAGGCAAGCAUUUUGUCUUUGGAACCUGUGCACUUAACCUCUCUACUCCUUAUGUCAAAUUCUUCUUUUCAGUGAAGUUUCAGCCAAAUCUUGACCUCCACCCUAAUAAUAAUGCUUUACAAGUUUUCUUUUAUUAAAACACCCUAUAUAAAUAAAUACAACUUUCAGCAGUA